CACCAUGCUGGGGUAUACCAGUCACCUAGCACACUAAUCGCUGUAAUACGAACCAUCUUGACUGGCAUUCACUCUCGUUAUUCCACACCAUUGGCUGCUCCUAGCAAAUCGUGCAAUGUGCAGGGUCUCUGUCGAGGAGAAGGAAACGACAUCUGCAAGCCUUAGCGACCGGUGAGACACAGGCUGCUAAACAUGCGAGUGAUUGGGCUUCGCUGUCAGAAGUUUAAUAAGGCGACUGGUACGCCGCGAGAGCGAGGCUUUCGCCAGCCUCGUCGUCGCUCGAGAUAGUCCAACGGUUCUGCGCCCAGUAUGGCUUUCCUGUGGCUCUCGGCAGUCAUUUUCUCGCUGCUUGUCCAUCUCCAAUGCGCAAGUGCUUCGUUCUGGACUGUCACGUCAAAUUAUCAGUUUGAGUACUCGGUAUUCACAUACGGAAUUUCUGACGACUCGUCCACCACAUAUACGACUACUAAUACGAUCAAUCCGACCGUAACGCCAACUGCGCAACCUGCCUCGAGGACCACCGACGUGAGCACAUACUACAACGUCGACUAUGUCUCCGUCUACUACCCUCCCAACGCCGUUCCAUCAACCGAUCUCCUGUCAACUGGGCUUCCGUUGACUUCGACGAAGGGUUAUGUUUACAAGAUGAUGGUCACUUAUACUGCCCCGACGCAUUGCACGAGCAGCUUCACGGCCGUCGAAUCGGAAUACGUUGUCAUACCCACUGAUGUAGAAGACCAAGUCACCGGAUUCUCCACGGAGGAUAACGGGCUCGCGACGACCGUCUGGUUGAAUCAAGACCAGGCGCCAUUCACGUCCUCGACCGCGUAUUAUUACACGAAUUUCGUCCAGUACUGUAGGAAGCCCAGCAGUUCGCUCGGGAAACCGUCCGGAGGCGGAGGAGGUGGACGAUGUGGUGACGGCGAUUGCGUCGACAUGUACGACUUGGCCAUCGUCCUAGCGACCACCAUACCGGCUACCUUCUUCCUCGUGGGGUUCCUGGAAAGCUGGAUCUGGUUCCGCCGAUUGAUGCUGGGGAAGGGAUGUCUGCGAGGCGGGACUAUAUGCUGGGUCUUCAUCAGCCUGUUGGUUUUGUGCUUCACGCGCACCCAGUCGUCGCGGUCAGCCGAAGAUCAGAAGUUGCUGCGGGAGCAAUGGAGCAAGAUGGGUUCCGGGCGGGCGUUCAAACUGUGGUGGAAGUGGGGGUUCCGACGUAAAUAUCCACAGGAGUUGCUGGGACCGUAUUCCAAAAACACGGUCGGCAUCACGCCGCCGAAUCCAAACGUGCUACUACUUCACCCGGCAUAUGCUGCCCCCGGUAACGUCGCAUACGGGCCUCCUCCUCCCGCUCCUGCUCCUGCUCCUAGUACCCCAGGGAACGUCAUGUACGGUUCCCCUCCUCCAGGGCCGCCUGUGUUUUGGAGCACGCAACCACCCAGUGUCUCAGGUACAACUAUUAUGUAUGGAAUUCCUCCUCCAGGGCAGUCGGUAUAUUGGAGCACCCAGCCACCGCAUCCUGGGCAAGCAACGUCGCCGCCUCCGAUGCAACAGUACGGACAGCCUAUGCAACCUCCAGCACCGUAUGAUAACGCAGGAGGCAUCGGCACGGCACCAUCACCACAACCAUACCAACAAUAUCCGAUACCACCAUCCUCUGAGAAGGAUCCUUCUACAGUCACAGAGACGCGAGGGACACCGCCCCCUAAGCAAUAGUGCGAUCAUGUACAUACAUCAGUCAUAAAUGCAUAGUGUGAUAAUUGAAGUACUUUAUUAAUACCAAUGGUUUAAUCAAAUAUGCGAGAUUGCGCAGA